GAUAACGCGAUGCCACGGCGACCUGCGCACGCGCACCGCGUAACGCUCCGCAGCUUUAAGCUCGCGCGGACAUUGUAAAAAAAUACUCUGCUCGUAUAGUGAUGGAAUGGAUAUUUUUAUGGACCAGUGUUCAAUGAUAGUAACUAGAAGGGAUCGACUAUUUUGAAUUGUGUGUUUUUUUCUUGGGUUUCAUUAACAACUUUGGUUAAGUGCUUGUACGAAAGUGAAAACGAUAAGCUGUGCUGUAAUUAAAACGAAUAUAAACAAAGUUAAUGGAUACUUUUUAUACUGAACAAUAAAUUUAUAAAUUGAAUUGUGAGAAUCUAAAAACUUAUAACGUAAUUAAAACCGUUGGGAUCAGCCAAAAUUAUUCUUCUCUUCCAUUACCACUGUGUAAGAAAAACGCCGCCAAGCUGUCUACCGCAAAUGAGAUUAUACCCAACUACCACAUCCAAGCGCUAAUAGGUCGGUGGCGCACGAGCCCGAUGAGCGCGUGCGCUGCGGCCGCCAUGCGCGAAAAACACGCGGCGCCGCGCCGCCUCGCAUCCCCUCCGCCUUCCCCUCACGACCACCACAGCCCCCUUGGCUCACCACGCGCAGACGAGCCGCUCGAUCUCAGAGUAACGCACAAACGUCCACAACGGUUAGAAGAUGAGAACUGCAAUUUGAUCACACCAUCACCGCCGCCACAUCCCACGCAUCCUGCUCAUCCCGCUCAUCCAGCUCUACUACAAUUCUGUCGGCGACUACCAUUAGCUUUACCGGCAUCAUUUGGACGUUACCCGUUCCUCCCAGCGGCAGCAGCGACGUUACUCGCUCCAGGGACCCCGAGGGCCCCCCCUUUACCGCAAAACCCUGGAGCGCCUAGAGCACGGGACAGAUACACAUGUUCGUACUGUGGUAAAGCAUUUCCUCGCAGUGCAAACCUGACGCGACAUUUACGGACGCACACUGGUGAACAGCCCUACCGCUGUAAGUAUUGCGAGCGGUCGUUCUCCAUAUCCUCAAAUUUACAGAGACACGUAAGGAAUAUACAUAAUAAGGAGCGACCGUUUCGAUGUCGUCACUGCGACCGUUGUUUUGGACAGCAGACAAAUCUGGACAGACAUUUAAAGAAACACGAAGCAGAGAAUGGGGAUGAUAGCCGUCGAAGGUCCCCUGACGAGACCUACUUUGAAGAGAUCAGAUCGUUUAUGGGCAGAGUGGCCCCAGCCCGCCGCGCAGCUGCCGCCGCCGCCUCUGCAGCGGACCACACCUGAUAGUGGUCUGAAAGCAACAGUCGCCGUUACAAUAAUCUGGUCGAUACAUCCAAAUGACUUUCGUGUAUUUUAUUGAACUUUUGUUGACUAUAUAGAUUUUGUUAAAAAUCUACAUAUUUGCUUAAUUUUAGAACUCGCCAGAAACAAUAUUGACCACCUUGAUUGUAUAUUCCGAAUUUUAAAAGUGACCUGAUUAGUUACUCUUUAAUAGCUAUGUCACCUAAACGUGUUACAUAAAGAUUUUGCUGUACGUAUUCUUAAUACCGCUUGUUGUCAUCAAAACGGAACCAAAUGUGUGGUCAUUUGAUUUUAGUUAUUAAUAACCAAUUGUUUGACAUCUACAGGUUUUGUAAUAUAUUAUUUCAUGACAUAUCAUUUUAUCCUAUGUGCAAGUUGUUAAAUAAAUAAUUUAAUAUAUUUAUGAUUGAAUCCUACAAUUGAGCAUCACGCGUCGCAAUUAAAAAGAACAUAAAUAUAAUAUAUAAGUAUUGUAAGAGUAUGAAAAGUGAUAUAUUGUAAUAUAAGAGAACAAUGUUCCAAAAACUAUAAAUCAUGUGUAAACUUAUUCAAAAUAUGAAAACAAUCUGAUCCAUUAUAUUGCACCGUUUUCUGAUCAGUUAUUGGAAGGAAUUUGCUUAUCUGUUCUUGUAUAAGAUCGAAGACAGUUCAGUGGUUUUGUACUUUAUUAGGCCCACCGUACGCAUAACAGAUGCACUCAAAUGAGAUAUUGUAAUGUGUGUACCUACGAAAUUUUUUACCUUUUUUGCUGGGAUUAGUUUAUAUUUAAAAUAUCCAUUAUAGUUAUAUAAUAUCACGAAGCCGGUUAACCUAUAAUAUUUACUUAUCAUUUUGACUUGCUUAUAAUAACUAAAAUGUCUUAUAAAUAAUUUUGAAAUAAAAUAAAUAUAUUCAUUCAUUCAUAUAUUCAUUUUUCACAUUAGUAUAUCCAAAGGUCUUCUAGAGAUAAAAGAAACAAAAAUAUAAAUUAUUUUACAAUAAUUAUACAUAAUCCAAAUUCGUGAAAUAAUGUAACUAUAUUUAAUUAUUAGAUUGUAAUAUAAAUAAAGUGAUAAUGAAUCUCAUGUAUUUACUGUAAAUACGAGUAUGAAGCCUUCGUUCAAAGUAGAUUAGUAGUUUUUAGCGCGCAUACCGAAUUUUUAACUACCGAUAGUAAUAGAACGUACGAAUAUAUUCCUUGUCAUAAAAGACAUAGAUUUUAAUAUUAAGUGCUCCGAGAGUGUUCGAUAAAAUAGAAUAAGUUAUAGAUAAAUAAAUAGUUAUUAAUAUGUAUAUAAGUAGAUUUUUGUAUUCGUUUCUUUUUUGUACAUUUUGCUUUGAAUGUAAUAUAAAUUAGUAUUAUUAGUCUGAAAGGAAACGCCGGUUACCAAUAAAAUUAUAACUUGUUGCUUAUUGAAGAUAUUAUAAAUAUUUUUUUUUAUAAAUUGUUGUAGAGAUUGUCUAAAAUUUAUAUGUACUUACAUAUAUACCGUAUGUUGCGUAAAUUAUUUCGUUUCUAAUGUCACACGAGUUACAAAUCUGACAGUUUUGUGGCGUAAUAUGACAUCAUUGUUAAGUUUCAAAUUUUACGCUAAUUACAUAUUUUUAUCAUAUUUUGAGAUUCUAAAUUAGACAUUGUAUAUUAUUAAAUAAAUAGAGAUUAUGUAAUUUCAAUAUGAUGUAAUCAUGCUUUCCAAAUUACUAAAUUUAAGAUAACUAUACAACUGUGAUUUUAAUUUAUUACUGGAAAUUGGAAUUAUACAUCAUACUUUGCAUUUGAUGAUUUGUAAAGUCCAUCAAAGAAAGUACUAUCAAUGUCUCAACGUUCCUUUAAGUAUAGAUAGAUCUCUAUUAUUGUUACGAGUUUAAAGUUUACUUUAUUUCCUUAACUAUUUUUUAACAAUAUAUAUUAUCAAUAGCAAAGAAAAUAAACGAUAGGAUGAAAUGGCAUAUACAAUUGAUGACGUAGUUUUCUUAUUGUAUGUAAAUCUUACCGAGCAAUGUUUUAGAGCAAUUAUUAUUUAAUUUGUGAAAUGGGAAUCCAAUUAUAUUUAGGAGCACGUAGUGUUCUAUAGGGUCUUCCAAUGCUAAUAACAAUAUAAUUACAUAUUUAUAUGAAGAUAAUUCAACGCUCUGUUUCAUUAUAAAAGUUGUAAAAUGGCAUAUCUUUUGUAACCAGGUUUUAUCUAAGGUUCAAUUAUUUUAAUUUUACUGUAGACUCUAUUUUUUGUGGUAUCUCUUACUGAUAUUUUCUCUUCAUUAAACUACAAUAAGCAAAAAGGAAAAGCAAAAAUCAAGAUUCUUAAUUUGUUGAUAUGAUAAUUGGACUACAAGGAUUCUUGUUGAAUUCAGACUUUAGCCUUAAUUACAUGAUAUCACAUGUAGAUUACCAAGAAACCUACUUACUACAACCCUUCUUGUCGCCUAGUAUGAGUUUAUUACUGAAACAACAUUUACCUAUUGCUCUUAACUCAUUUUUAUAUUAUUAACUAUUGGUCACAAAAUUAUGAUUUAUAUAAUUACUGUAAUAUGUAUGUAUGCAGGUAUAAAUAAAGAAAACUCUGUUGUAUUCAUUAUAACAAAUUUAUUAUUAUUAAUGUUACCUAUUUGACUAAUAUGCCAUGACAACAAGUUUUAAGACAAACAAAAGAUGCUAUUUAACUUAUCGUAGAAUGGAUAAGUAAUAGUUAGAGAUUAUUACCUUUAUUGUUUUGUACUUUUGAUACCUUUUAAUCGAUCAAAGGUCACCGAUUU